UUGGCCACAGCGGAGCGCUGUUUAGCUAUGUUUCCGAGCCCAUGGCAACAACCGCGUUUUACUGAAUCAUUUUAUCCAUCAUCAAUUCCCACAAUGCUCCGAGAGAUGCCAAAAUAUUGAGGUUUUCUAGGUAUGAUGGCGCUAGGUGUUGUACACUAAAAAGAGAGUAACCUAAAACCUGGAGGGACUUUUAUUAACUGAGAGGAAAAAACGGAGCGGCGAACUACUGAUGUUCAAAUCUAGCUGCUGAGAUUCAUGGAAAAAGGACACGACAGCUCCACCAGUAUGGCAGCGUCAGAGCUGUACACAAAGUUUGCUCGGGUGUGGAUCCCUGAUGCAGAUGAGGUGUGGAAGUCAGCAGAGCUCACUAAGAACUACAAACAUGGAGAUUCCACCCUACACCUCACACUGGAGGAUGGAAUGGACAUUGAGCACAAGCUGGAUGAUAAGACAAAGAACCUUCCUCACCUCCGGAACCCUGACAUCCUGGUGGGGGAGAAUGACCUCACAGCUCUUAGCUACCUCCACGAGCCGGCCGUCCUGCACAACCUUAAAGUCCGCUUCACCGACUCCAAACUCAUCUACACAUACUGUGGUAUUGUGCUGGUGGCCAUUAAUCCCUAUGAGAACCUUCCCAUCUACGGUAGUGACAUCAUCAAUGCGUACAGUGGCCAGAACAUGGGAGACAUGGACCCUCAUAUCUUCGCUGUGGCUGAGGAGGCUUACAAACAGAUGGCCAGAGAUGAGAGGAACCAGUCUAUAAUCGUAAGCGGUGAGUCAGGAGCAGGGAAGACUGUCUCAGCUAAAUACGCCAUGCGCUACUUUGCUACGGUCAGUGGAGCAGCCACAGAGGCCAACGUAGAGGAGAAGGUCCUCGCAUCCAACCCCAUCAUGGAGGCGAUAGGAAACGCUAAGACGACUCGUAACGACAACAGCAGUCGUUUUGGGAAGUACAUUGAGAUUGGCUUCGACAAACGCUACCGUAUCAUUGGAGCUAACAUGAGGACAUAUCUACUGGAGAAGUCUAGAGUGGUGUUUCAGGCGGACGAGGAGAGGAACUAUCAUAUAUUCUACCAGCUGUGUGCGUCCUCCCAUCUACCAGAGUUCAAGAAUCUGAAGCUAGGUAGUGCUGAUGUCUUCCACUGCACCAAUCAGGGCCGGAACCCGGUCAUCGAUGGAGUCGACGAUGCUAAAGAGAUGUGCACAACACAACAUGCCUUCUCACUGCUAGGCAUCAACGAGUUGAACCAGAAGGGGCUGUUCCAGGUCCUGGCUGCCAUCUUACAUCUGGGCAAUGUGGAGAUCAAGGACCGAGACUCUGACAGCAGCAUCAUACCUCCCAAUAACCGCCACCUGACGGUUUUCUGUGAGCUGAUGGGCGUGACCUACCAGGACAUGUCUCAUUGGCUGUGCCACAAGAAGCUGAAGACAGCCCAGGAGACCUACAUCAAGCCCAUCCCUCGGCUGCAAGCCUCCAAUGCCCGCGACGCGCUCGCCAAACACAUCUACGCCAAAGUCUUCAACUGGAUCGUGGACCAUGUCAACAAAUCUCUACGCGCUACCGUCAAACAGCACUCCUUCAUAGGAGUCCUGGAUAUCUAUGGGUUUGAGACGUUUGAGAUCAACAGUUUUGAACAGUUCUGUAUCAACUAUGCUAACGAGAAACUGCAACAGCAGUUUAACAUGCAUGUGUUCAAGCUGGAGCAGGAGGAGUAUUUGAAGGAGCAGAUUCCCUGGACUCUGAUAGACUUCUAUGAUAACCAGCCAUGUAUCAACCUCAUAGAGGCCAAGAUGGGGGUACUCGACCUACUGGAUGAAGAGUGCAAGAUGCCUAAAGGUUCAGAUGACUCGUGGGCCCAGAAGCUGUAUAACACCCAUCUGAAGACCUGCUCUCUGUUUGAGAAACCUCGCAUGUCCAACAAAGCCUUCAUCAUACAGCACUUCGCUGACAAGGUGCAGUACCAGUGUGAUGGCUUUCUGGAGAAGAACAAGGACACAGUGAAUGAAGAGCAGAUCAAUGUCCUGAAGGCCAGCAAGCUAAAGUUGGACCUGCUAGUGGAGCUGUUUCAGGAUGAGGAGAAAGUGACCAGUCCAACAGGGACCGCUCCAGGAGGUCGAACACGACUCAGCGUCAAACCAAAAGAGGUCAGAUCUGGAGCAAGCAGCAAGGAGCACAAGAAGACUGUUGGCUGCCAGUUCCGGAACUCUCUGGCUAUGUUGAUGGAGACUCUGAAUGCAACCACUCCUCACUAUGUUCGCUGCAUCAAGCCCAACGACCUCAAGUUCCCCUUCACGUUUGACCCUAAGCGAGCGGUGCAGCAGCUCAGAGCCUGUGGUGUUCUGGAGACCAUCCGCAUCUCAGCCGCAGGCUUCCCAUCCAGAUGGACCUACCAGGAGUUCUUCAGUCGUUACCGGGUUCUGAUGAAGCAGAAGGACGUCCUGUCGGACAGGAGGCUGACCUGUAGGAACGUCCUGGAGAAACUGGUGCAGGACCAGGACAAGUACCAGUUUGGUAAGACUAAGAUCUUCUUCAGGGCUGGUCAGGUUGCCUACCUGGAGAAGCUGAGGGCUGAUAAGCUGAGGAAGGCGUGCGUCCGUAUCCAGAAGACCAUCCGCUGCUGGCUGGUACGCAAGAAGUACCUCCGAAAGAAGCAUGCUGCCAUCACCAUCCAGAGAUACACCCGCGGACACCAGGCCCGCUGUCUGGUUAAGUACAUGCGUCAGACCCUGGCAGCCAUCACUAUCCAGAAGUUCCAGAGGAUGUGUGUCCAGAGGAAAGUGUACCUACAGAAGCAGGCUGCUGCCCUGGUCAUGCAGACUAUCCUCAGAGCGUACAUGGCCCGACAGAAAUACCAAGGGUUGCUGCGUAACCACAAAGCUGUGUUCAUCCAGAAACACGUGCGUGGCUGGCUGGCCAGACAGCGGUACAAGCGCUCCCUGCGAGCCAUCGUCUAUCUGCAGUGCUGCAUCAGGAGGAUGAAGGCCAAGAAAGAGCUGAAGAAGCUGAAAAUCGAGGCCCGCUCCGUUGAACAUUUCAAGAAACUUAACGUUGGCAUGGAGAAUAAGAUCAUGCAGCUGCAGAGGAAGUUAGACGAACAGGCUAAAGACAACCGUGUGACUAGCGAGCGUCUGAACUGUCUGGAGACGUCCCACGCGGUGGAGAGUGAGAAGCUGAAGGUAGAGGUGUCUAAGCUGAAGGGGAUAGAAGAGGAAGCCAAGAACAACGCCAACCGUGUCACUUCCCUUCUGGAGCAGCUGGAGAGGCUGAGGAAGGAGCUGACCACCACCCAGAAAGAGAAGAAGACCAUUGAGGACUGGGCUACCAAGUACAGGGAUGAGAUGGAAAAGAUGGUAGCAGAGCUGAAGCAGCAGAAUGGUCUGCUGAAGACAGAGAAAGACGACCUGAACCGAAUGAUCAAGGAACAGAGCCAGCAGAUGACAGAGAAAAUGACUCGUGCAUUAGCGGAGGAGACUCAGCAGUUGGAGAGCGAUCUGAACGAGGAGAGGUCUCGCUACCAGAACCUCCUAACAGAACACCUGAGACUGGAGGAACGCUACGACGACCUCAAGGAAGAAAUCACUCUCUCUGUGAGCGUGCCCAAGCCCGGCCACAGGAGAACAGACUCCACCCACAGCAGCAACGGAUCAGAGUGCACCUACAACUCAGAGUUCGCCGAAUCAGAAGAAAGUUCCCGACAUGGAGAAGAUGUGACCCGGGGCAUGGACACGUCUCUGACUCUGAAGCUGCAGAAGCGCGUAACCGAGCUGGAGCAGGAGAAAUCCUCUCUCCGCAACGAGCUAGAAAACAAGGAGGACCAGUUCCAGCGGGCUAGAGUCAGGGAUGAUGAGGAGCAUAAGAAAUCACGUGGAGCAGAACUGGAGUACGAGUCCCUCAAGCGCCAGGAGCUGGAUUCCGAGAACAAGAAGUUGAAGCAUGACCUGACCGCCAUGAGGCAGAGCCUGCUGGGUAAUGCAGGCGCUGGGGCGGGGGCACCAGGAAGUCCACCCUACAAAGUUCUCAUGGACCAACUGAACUCCUCGUGCGAGGAGCUGGAGGUGCGGAAAGAGGAGGUGUUGAUUCUACGAUCUCAACUGGUCUCACAGAAGGAGGCCAUGCAGCACAAGGAUGAGAAGGAGACGAUGACAGAGCCAGUGCACUAUGCAGAGGAUGUCCAUAAGAUGAAGGACUCUGGUGCAAUCACUCAGGCUUAUCUAGGACUCAAAGAGACCAACAGAUCUCCCAGGUUCUUGCGUAAACCACUAGAAGCCAAUGAGCUCCUAAAUCGGCUCAGACUGUUGGAGGGCCAGAUGCAGCAGCAGCGGCGUAGCUAUGACAACGAGGUGGAGGUGUUGCGAGGGGAGUUACAGAGUGUUAAAGAGGAGAAUAACCGUCAACAACAGCUGCUGGCCCAGAACCUGCAGCUCCCACCAGAGGCACGCAUAGAGGCUAGUCUACAGCAUGAGAUCACACGACUCACCAACGAAAACCUGGAGAUGCUGAGGACUGAGGAUCCAACAGCAUAUCGCAGCGCCAAAGUCAACAUAUUACGACGGAUGGUUGACCUCAUGGAACAGCUGGAGAAGCAGGAUAAAACUAUCCGUAAGCUUAAGAAACAGCUGAAGGUGUUCUCAAAGAAGAUUGGAGAAAUGGGAGCUGGACAUGUUGAGACUAUAUCUCCGGGUCAGAUGGUUGAAGAGACGGUCCGUCCGGUGAACAUUCCUCGUCGCGAGAAAGACUUCCAGGGAAUGUUGGAGUACAAGAAGGAGGAUGAGCUGAAACUGGUUAAGAACCUCAUACUGGAGUUGAAGCCUCGUGGUGUAGCGGUGAAUCUGAUCCCAGGCCUGCCAGCCUACAUCCUCUUCAUGUGUCUGAGGCAUGCAGACUAUGUCAACGAUGACCAGAAGGUCAGGACGCUGCUCACAUCCACCAUCAACAGCAUCAAGAAGAUACUCAAGAAACGGGGGGAUGACUUUGAGACGGUCUCCUUCUGGCUGUCCAACACCUGCCGCUUCCUACACUGUCUGAAACAGUACAGCGGAGAUGAGUCGUUUAUGAAGCACAACACUCCUAAGCAGAAUGAUCACUGCCUGUCUAACUUUGACCUGGCUGAGUACCGUCAGGUCCUCAGUGACCUGGCCAUUCAGAUCUACCAGCAGCUCAUCAAAUGCAUGGAGAACAUCCUACAGCCCAUGAUAGUCUCUGGUAUGUUGGAGCAUGAGACCAUCCAGGGUGUGUCGGGGGUUAAGCCGACCGGUCUGCGUAAACGGACAUCGAGCAUCGCUGACGAGGGAACCUACACGCUGGAAUCCAUCUUACGCCAGCUCAGCGCUUUCCACUCCACCAUGUGUCAGCACGGCACCGACCCUGAACUCAUCAAACAGGUUGUGAAGCAGCAGUUCUACAUCAUUGGAGCUGUGACUCUCAACAAUCUACUGCUGCGUAAAGACAUGUGCUCCUGGAGCAAAGGCAUGCAGAUCAGGUAUAACGUGAGUCAGCUGGAGGAGUGGCUGCGUGACAAGUCUCUGAUGCUGUGUGGAGCCAAGGAGACUCUGGAGCCUCUGAUUCAGGCUGCUCAGCUGCUGCAAGUCAAGAAGAAGACGGACGAAGACGCCGAGGCCAUCUGCUCCAUGUGCAACAGCUUGUCCACAUCUCAGAUUGUGAAGGUGUUGAACCUGUACACUCCAGUCAACGAGUUUGAAGAGAGGGUGUCUGUUACCUUCAUACGAACCAUACAGACUCGUUUGCGGGACCGCUGUGAGACUCCUCAGCUGUUGAUGGACACUAAGAUCAUCUACCCAGUCACCUUCCCUUUCAACCCCUCCUCUCUGGCCCUGGAGACUAUCCAAAUACCAGGCUCCCUCAACCUAGCCUUCCUUACCCGCGUCUAACACACACACACACACACACACACAUACACAACUAAUAGAUAGGCUAUACAUAUGUACACAUGCAUACACAAAGCAUUCUCUUCCUAACACAUCCAAACACUUACAUACAGUGCACACACACAUACACACGCUCAGCUUCCACCCUACGGUAGUCUUUAUAUCAGUAGUUGAAAGCCCAUCCUCCUCCGUGUGUACAAAUGCUCAACUCUAAGAGAAUGCACCGCUACAGGCCACCUUUUCUCCUAUCUUACCCCCUUUUACUAAGCUACACUCCCCACCUACAACCCCAUUUAAGACCUAGUACCGUGUUCCCCCAGUCCUCUUUUCUCCUCUUUGUUCUCUUCUCAAUAGUGUAGUGUUUUCUAGCAGUCCGGUUCUCCCAUAGGAAUGUAUUACGGUACACUUAAGCUAGCUGUCCAGGGCUAGCAUCACAGCUAGCUAGCUCCUUCAGCUAAGCUCAGCUAGCAUCUGUUGUGUUAUGAUAGGAUGCUAGCGCUUCCACAGUUAUCUAGCUAGCAUCAGUUUUGAGUACAUCGUUAUCAACUCACCCACUGAACACAUUCAAGCCAAGUGCAGUACCCAUUGUCUGUACCAUACUUUUAUACAUAUAUAAAUACAUAUAAAUAUUAAUAUAUAUAUAUAUCACGCUAGGGUGUUUUAUUUAUUGCAUUUAUCUCACUCCCUUUCCUAAAAUACGUUUUUCUUUGCAGACAGAAAACAUGGAUACCAUAGACUUGUAGGCUUAUCUCUCCAGCUUUCCAGACCGGAGAGUAGUAUGGCCUUGGAAAGACCACUAGAGUCCUGUAGUAUUAGAAUUAUGUCUACAGCAGAUGAUCUAUGCAGUCUCAUUUAAUUAGCACUAUUUAAUGUAGCUUUUUAUUUGUUUAGCUCAUGAUGUAUUGUGCUUUAAGAUCUCUCUGCCGUAGCUUUGUCCUGCUUUAACCUGCUUCUCUAGUAGAUCUGCACUUUAGCACCACUGCACCAGAGGUUGAAAUAGAGGAUUAGACUGGAACAGAGGUUGAAAUAGAGGAUUAGACUGGAACAGAGGUUGAAAUAGAGGAUUAGACUGGAACAGAGGUUGAAAUAGAGGAUUAGACUGGAACAGAGGUUGAAAUAGAGGAUUAGACUGGAACAGAGGUUGAAAUAGAGGAUUAGACUGAAACAGAGGUUGAAAUAGAGGAUUAGACUGGACCAGAGGUUGAAAUAGAGGAUUAGACUGGACCAGGUUGAAAUAGAGGAUUAGACUGGAACAGAGGUUGAAAUAGAGGAUUAGACUGGAACAGAGGUUGAAAUAGAGGAUUAGACUGGAACAGAGGUUGAAAUAGAGGAUUAGAUUGGAACAGAGGUUGAAAUAGAGGAUUAGACUGGAACAGAGGUUGAAAUAGAGGAUGAGACUGGAACAGGUUGAAAUAGAGGAUUAGACUGGAACAGAGGUUUAAAUAGAUAGAGGAUUAGACGUGCAGUAGUUGGCUAGACUGGACGAGUAGUUUAGAUGGGUAUGGGUAUAAAACUAUCAGGUUUAGACGGCUUCAGCUACUGUACUUGCUUCUCCACUUUAACUAAGUAGUUUGGUUUCAAAACCCCUACAGAGGACUCACUAACUCUCACACACACUAGUGACUGUUACACUGGAUCCUACAUAUCCACUACCACAGCGUUUCCCUGAUUUUUAAAAAUGGGGUCGGAAAAAAAUACAAUAAAACCGUUCAUAGAACCAGGGUUACGUCGGUAACCUCCGGUAGCCUCGGUAACCUCCGGUAGCCUCUAGAUACAGUUGUAAUAAACAGAGCGGUUUCUGUUUUCUUCCUACAAAUGUGGCUCUAUCUUUUAAAAGAUACAACAUAUAAUGAAUGACCCCAUCACUGAAAGAUCAGACUCUCAGGAACACGGAUGUGUCUUCUGUUUCCUUCUACAAUGGCCACAAGCCUCAUUAGAUCAGAGUGGACAAGACCAGGAACUAAAUCAGCUAAAACAAUAAGUUUACAUUAGUGUUGAUUUCAUCACUUUUUUCUACAUGGUGGAGGUGUGAUUUGUUAUUAUAUCAAAAUGGGGCUGCAGACCAAACAGUUGGAACUCCUGCAGUACCAACUAAUACAUAUCUACAUGUCCUCACCCCACCACUCUGUCUGCUCCACUCUCUGUACAUUAUGAUGGACAAGAUCUAUAGGUAUUCCUUUCAGUAUUAUAGCCUUGGAAAGGAGGUUGUGUGUUACUAAACCUGGUUACCACUGAGCCAGUCUGUUUUACUGUAGUUGCUCUCAUAAUCCAUCGCAUUUAGACUCAAUAUCAACCAUGUCUUGAAUGUUUUCCCCUACAGCCUGUAUGAUAAUGCUGCCUUGCCAGCUUUACUCCAGAAACUAAAUCACUUCUUUGUAGACAAACUAUUACAUGCCCUGGCUACAGUCUCUACCCUACCCUACUCUAACUCUUACCCCCUUCUUUCAUUCCCUACUAACCUACUCUAACUCUUACCCCCUUCUUUCAUUCCCUACUAACCUACUCUAACCCCCUUCUUUCAUUCCCUACUAACCUACUCUAACUCUUACCCCCUUCUUUCAUUCCCUACUAACCUACUCUAACCCCCUUCUUUCAUUCCCUACUAACCUACUCUAACCCCCUUCUUUCAUUCCCUACUAACCUACUCUAACAACUCCUUCACUGUCUCCCCAACCCCUUCUUCACUGUCUCCCCUACCCCUUCUUCACUGUCUCCCCUACCCCUUCUUCACUGUCUCCCCUACCCCCUCUUCACUGUCUCCCCAACCCCUUCUUCACUGUCUCCCCAACCCCUUCUUCACUGUCUCCCCAACCCCUUUUUCACUGUCUCUCCAACCCCUUCUUCACUGUGUCCCAACAUCAGCCAAGUCUGUUUUCAUGGCUCUACUUUUAGAGAAAGCAACCAUGUUUUUACUCAGUACCAGAUAGUGACCAGGAGAGGGCGACAUUGGACACUAGGUCACAUGACUGUGGCUUCUCUAAAACCAGACGUUCUGCCAGAUGUUCUAUAGAAUCAAAGAAGAUAUACUAACAUUCUAUUCACUACCACUAAGGCCCUUCUAACCUCUCUGACUGGUCAAGCGCUGAGGGACAGAAAGGAUAGAACUACAUUUCUCAUCAUCGUUGCCUCUCUUCCUUACUUGUGCCAUCAGUGUUCACCCAUACCCUAACUGCUCAUCAACCAUCAACUUUAUUUAACCAUCAACCUUAUUGUUUAACCUUCAACCUUAUUACUAACCGUGACCUUUAUUUGCCUCCCAACCCUGACCCUUUGCAUUUUGUUCCCUGGCCUAUAGAGAGACACGACUCAGAAAAACAUAUUAUUAUUACUAUCAUUGAUGUAGGAGUCAAGUUCAUCUUUAAACUUGUUUUGUGGUGCAUAUUCAUUAAUAAUCAUAUAUAUAUUAUUGGGACCAUCAUGAGUGUAUUGUAUAAAAAUUAAAAAUGGCCUUUUUGUUACAUUUUUGCAGCGUUGCAUUUUAAUGAAGGAUUUUUAGGAUGAAGUUUUAGGUUGUUCAACAUGUUUAUAGUGAUACCAGAUCUACAAUGCAUAUCUGCAUCUUGGACGAUACUGGAAUACUGCAGGUUUUAGGCUGUUCAACAUGUUUAUAGUGAUACCAGAUCUACAAUGCAUAUCUGCAUCUUGGACAAUACUGGAAUACUGCAGGUUUUAGGUUGUUCAACAUGUGUAUAGUGAUACCAGAUCUAAAAUGCAUAUCUGCAUCUUGGACGAUACUGGAAUACUGCAGGUUUUACCCUUGUGAAUGUUUUAGCUGUUAUUGAUCAUACAUAUAGGAUGACUUCAUUGUUACUCAUGUUUGGGACAAAGCCUUACAUAUGAUUUUAAAAACACUAUCAUCUCCUGUCUUUGUCUGUGUCUGUCUGUUACACGACUACUGUUUUAAAAAGUAGCAUUAUUAUUGAAUGUUUUGACAAGUUGACCUUAGAUCUUAUUUCAGAGGCUGGGAUGGAAGGAUUGUUUUGACAAGUUGACCUUAGAUCUUAUUUCAGAGGCUGGGAUGGAAGGAUUGUUUUGACAAGUUGUCCUUAGAUCUUAUUUCAGAGGCUGGGAUGGAAGGAUUGUUUUGACAAGUUGUCCUUAGAUCUUAUUUCAGAGGCUGGGAUGGAAGGAUUGUUUUGACAAGUUGUCCUUAGAUCUUAUUUCAGAGGCUGGGAUGGAAGGAUUGUUUUGACAAGUUGUCCUUAGAUCUUAUUUCAGAGGCUGGGAUGGAAGGAUUGUUUUGACAAGUUGUCCUUAGAUCUUAUUUCAGAGGCUGGGAUGGAAGGAUUGUUUUGACAAGUUGUCCUUAGAUCUUAUUUCAGAGGCUGGGAUGGAAGGAUUGUUUUGACAAGUUGUCCUUAGAUCUUAUUUCAGAGGCUGGGAUGGAAGGAUUGUUUUGACAAGUUGUCCUUAGAUCUUAUUUCAGAGGCUGGGAUGGAAGGAUUGUUUUGCUUUCUGUCUAGUUGCACUUUUUUAAAUAUUUACUGAACAAGUUGAAUAAACGCUGAUAAAGUUAGCUCUGUCUGCCCUUAACCUAUCUGAUAUUCUAAUUUCUUUGAUCAUCAUGUGGUUUAUGCUCCUCCAGAGAGGUCAUCUAGCUGUAGUCAUUUACACAGUAGAAGGCUAUAGUCUUACUGACUAUCCCAAAUGGUACCAUAUUCACUAGAUAGUGCACAGCUUUUGACCAGGGACCAUAGGGAAUAGGGCGCCAUUUGGUAUGUACCCUUAGCCCAUUUCUAUGAUUAGCCUUCUUCAAGCAGUGUAGAUGGACCACUCUUCCCGCUCUCCCCUUCCCUUAUAGUGUCCCAGUCUAUAUAUGCCGUGUGCCUCAGACAGGCUUGUUCACGUAGACACUCUGUGGUACGACCGGUCUUCACCUCAUUUCAGAUAUACAUUUUAACAUCUCCAGAUGGUUCUUAAAAUAGAUACUUAAAAUCUCCCUUUUUUUUAUGGUUUUGACAAUUGAGGUCAAUGCUAAAGUAUCACAUCAAGUCACGACAUCAUCACCAACCGACACAUCUCAUUGAUCUAAUGAUCUUCAGACUUCAUACAGUCCACCUGUGGAAGAGAUGCUGAACUCUGCUCUCUCCUCUCCAUCUCCUCGCUUCUAUUCACUUCUUUGUCCUCUCUCCUCCCAUGUGUACAUCGGGUGAACUGGACUGUGUGUAUAAUUCCUGGUAGCUGUACUUAGUGAAUGUGUUCACCAUUAAGAAACUUGGAAUAAGUUUAAAUUGUCAAACUCUGUAAAAGACAAAUAAAGGAAUUCAGCACUGAAAA